UAAAAACCUUAAACUUGAUGGCAACCAUUAAUUCUGAUUGGGUUAAUGAUGUUGUGUUACCAGCAAAAAAGAAAUUAAUUUAUGCAACCUUUUCAAAAGAUACUCCAUUAGAAUCGUCAUCUACUUCAAGCUCAUUAAAUAAAGUUAAUCUUUUUGCAUCAACACCUCCAUCAGUUAUUCGUUCAAUAAUAUUUGUUCGUCCUUUGCUUGAAUGGACGAAUUGGAUUCUUUCAUUAUUAACAUGGACUAGUAAUGAUCCGUGGAAUAGUUUUCUUUUAGUUAUAUGUUGGUGGAUUUUUGUUUUUAAUAUAGAAACAUUAAUUAUAUUUGGGCCUUUGGUAGUAAUUUUUAUUAUGGCAUUUCUAUAUAUAAAAAAAAGAAAAGAUUUAAAACUUGAACAAAAUAAAAUAUAUACACAAAAUGAUUUAGAUAUCUUUAUACAGCAAACAGAUUUUUUUAAGGAACGAGUUUCAAUUUUAACUAGUUCUAUAAAUGAAAUACGGACUUUUUUGAAUUGGUCCAGUCCUCAAUUAUCAGUAACAAUUGUUAUUCGUCUUCUUUUUAUUUCCCCAUUUUGGAUAGCAAUGUUACUUUUUCUUGUUACACCAAGACAAAUGAUCUUUACUAUUGUUACAAUUAUAUUUAUAUGGCACGCUCCAUGGAUAAAAGGGACACGGCUUAUUCUUUGGAGAAGUCGUUUAGUAAGAAUCAUAGUUGGAGAAGUCGUAGGUAUAAAUUUCAUACCUCGGGAAAACAAAAUUAUACAAGGGUUUUCUGAAAAAAAAAUACAAAAUGAGUUAGAAGUUUCUGAUGAAACUGUUAAAUAUACAUUCAUUUUAUGGGAAAAUCAAAGAAAGUGGAUAGGAUUUGGAUGGACAUGUAGUAUGUUUCCUCAUGAACGAACACCCUGGACUGAUGAAGAUGGAUAUCCAAGUACUAGUCCAGAUGCCUUUCUUCUACCUAAAGACAAAAUAAUAAUUCGAAUUAAUUCAGAAACAGGUUCAAAAGAAAAGUAUAGGACAUAUUGGGAAUGGAUAGACAAAUCUUGGGUCAUCGAACAUAGUGAUUUGGGAGAUAAGGAUUCUGAUGGUUGGAUUUAUACUGAUAAUUUAUGGAAAAAAGAAAGUCUAAAAGAUGAUUUUAGAAAAUAUACCAGACGACGUAAAUGGAUUCGUAAUGCAGAAUUACUUGAAGUAAUUCAUGAAAUGAAAAAUGAUGUUGAAGUAGAAAAGAAUGAUAUAACAAAAAAAUCUUUUGAUAAUAAUGAUAAUAUUUCUGAAACUCGCUUGAAAAAUACUGAUUUAGAUAUUAAAUAAUGAUAACAUGCUUAAAAUAUGAUACGU